AUGGUCAACAAUGCAGGCCUCAACAAGAAACAGAAGCCAUCAGUCCAGCCCAGCCAGCCCGUCUUUGUCAAGAAAAUUGUCAAUGGAAAGGAAGUGAACAUCCAGGUGAAGAAGAUGCCGGUGGUCCAUUCUGUUGCAAAGAUGCUGGCAAGCGCUCGGUCUUCUGGGGCAACAGCACCUUUGGAGACAAAGCCAGCUGCAGCCGGCCAAGAAAUCGUUGUUCUUCUUGGGCCCCAUGGACUGCAAGUAGCAAUGGACUCGGGCUUCGCUUUCGGCUUUGAAAACCACCAUCUCGAAUUCAGCAAAUCUCUUGCCGGCACCUUCAAGACUCCACCGGACUUCAGAUCUUUGCGGUGA